AAAAAUUAUAACAAAAAAAAAAAUAAUUUUUUCUGGUCUUGGAACUUGAUAGAAUGGGUCCCCUACACAUAUAAGAGCCAAAAGUCUGUUCACUGAGUGAAGAAAAGUGAUGGCUUCUAAUUCUAUCUCCCAAACGGCUUCAAUGGCCACAGAAAUCUGCACCCAAAUAGCUUCCAUAUUCUCAAAGCCCACCCAUCCAUACCCAGACCCAUUAAACAUCUUGGUGACCGAGCUCUCCUCUGUUGCUUCUCGAAAAGGCCGAGUUUUCCUUUACGGUGUUGGGCGUGAGGGCCUGAUGCUCAAGGCACUCUGCAUGCGCCUCUUUCACCUGGGCCUCUCGGCCCACCUCGUCUUCGACAUGACAACUCCUCCCAUUGCUGCCAAUGACCUCUUGAUCGCCUCUGCAGGUCCUGGUGGCUUCUCGACCGUGGAUGCCCUCUGUGCAGUGGCCCGUUCCCACGGAGGAAGGGUGCUGCUCCUGACAGCCCAGCCCGUGACAGGGUCGUGUGUGAAGUAUGCUGAUGCUGUGGCUUACGUGGCAGCACAGACUAUGGCCGAUGAUAAGGACGCAGAAGGGGAUGUGAAAUCUCGACCGCUACUUCCCAUGGGAAGUGUGUAUGAAGGAGCUUUAUUUGUUUUAUUUGAGAUGGUGGUUUACAAGUUGGGUGAGACCUUGGGUGAGAGUUCUGAUGCUGUUCGAUCUCGCCACACUAAUCUUGAAUGAAAUGAUUAUCAAUUUGCUAUGAGUUAUAUAAUGAGAAUAGGAUGGUUAUAUCUUCCAGAAAAAUGAUCUUUAUUUAUACAAAAUUUGUAUGUGAAAAAUUCUACAGAUAUAACUUUAAAAUUAUGUGAAAUAUGAUUGUGCUAAGUGUUAGGCUAAAAUAUUGUUCUAUGUUUGUUUUUAUUGAUUA